GCCACAUCCCCUCCGCUUCCCGGAAACGCAGACUUGCCGGAGACAGAAGCCUUCCCGCGUCGCGCUCGCGCACGCCGUCCUGCCCGCCCCUUUUCACACCCCCGACGCAACCGCGCAUCGCCGCGCCCGCCCGCCCUCUAUAUCCUCCCCUCCUCCUCCUCCGUCCCCUCUCUGUCCUCCUCAGCACACCAGACACCGCCCGCCGCGAACACCAAGCCUGAUCAGCAUCCCAGCCCAGAUGUUCCUCGCCGACAAGUACAGCUCGCUGCUGCCCUCCCUCCACCAGCACCACUCCAAGCCCAGCCGCCGCCGGAGCCAGCAGCUGAAGGGGGAGGCGGACCGGUUCGGCGCGGCGCUGGCCGCGCGCCUCCGGGGCCUGCUGCCGCUGCCGGCCUCCCAGCUCGCGGCGCUCGCGCGGGUGGCCGACCUCCUCGCUCUCACGCUCGCGGACGCCGGCGACGCGCUCGCCGGCGCCGGCGAGGGCGACGCGUCCGCUGCUGCGGUCGCCGCACACCUUGACGCCGGGGUCGCGCUCCUCGACGCCUGCAACGCCAUCGCCGUCCGCCUCGACCGCCUCCGCAGGCGCCGCCUUCUCGCGCGCCUCGCGCUCCACCUCCUUUCAUCAACCUCCUCCUCGCCGUCCGGGCGCGCGCGCGCGCGCGCGGCGCUCGCGGACCGCGGUGACCACCCAGCGGCGUCCCCGUCCCCUCUGGCGCCGCUCCCUUCGCUCCCGUUCGAGCAGCCCCGCGGGCGGCUCUCGGCCGCCGCGCGCGUGCUUGCCGCCGUGGACGCCGUCUCCUCGCUCGCGGCAGCGGCCGCGGCCGCCAUCCUCGUCGGAGGACCCGCCAGCUUCCCCCGGGUAUCCGGCGGCGGCGACCUCCCCUGGGCAGAGCCGUUCAACGCGGUGUCCGGCCAGCUCGCGGCGCUCGAAGGCGCCGGCGAGGUGGGCGCCGUCGACGAGGCCGUCCGGAGUCUCGCGUCGGCGCUGGACGCCGGGACCGACAACGAGGCGGCGGUGCGCCCCGCGGCACAGGAGUUGGAGAGGCGCACCGAGGAGCUCGCGCCGCGGCUAGACCGCCUGUCGGACGCCGUCGGCGGCGUGUUCCGCGCCGCGCUGGGCCUCCGCAACGCCGAGCUCGGCUGCUUCAUGGUGGGACCCGCGGGGAAGCCGUGUAGUAAAUACCCGUAGUCGUAGCUGUAUAUGUAUACUUACAAUACUGUACUGGGAUACUGCUACAGCUGUAAGUGGAGUGAAGUUGAUGAGUCGUGCAGUACAGGGCGAGUUGGGUGUGGGAUCAUGUGUGUCAGUGUCAAAGGACGAGGAGGCCACUAGUUGCAUUUUGCAUAAUUUUGGAUAUGUGGCAUCCACUGCUGUAUCUGUAUGGGAAAGGGGAAAAAAUGUUGCAAUCUGGUGGUGUAAUUUCGCGGCAUAUAAUAUUCAUGUAUAGUUUGAGGAGAAA